GCAGGCAGGGAGGAGGGCCGGGCGGAGCCGAGCCGAGCCGAGCCAAGCCAGCCUGCCCCGUAGCUCCCCAGCAGCGGAGCCAGGACGCCUCUCAGGAUACCGGCCGGCAGCGCCGCUAGCAUGUUGCAGUGGAAGAAGACAAUCUACAAAAGUGUGUGCCUGUCCUUUGUGCUGGUGAUCAUGGUGACGGUGCUGCAGAGGGGGAUGACUCCUAGCCAUUUCAUGCAGGGCCAGCAGCAGAAAGAAUUGCACCAAGAGCCCGUGAAAGCUCAGAAGAGAGAUGGCAUCUUCUCCAAGACCGGCAACUUCUGGAAGAGCAAGAAGGAGAAGCCUCACCUGGAGGCAGCGGGAGUCACUGAGAACCAGGUGAAAUCCUGGGACGUCACCACUAUCAAUUGCACGGCUAACCAGAACAUCAGCAAGAUGGACUGGUUCAAGGGGCUGGAGCCCAACUUUCGGCAGUUCCUGCUUUACCGGCACUGUAGGUAUUUUCCCAUGCUGAUCAACCACCCGGAGAAGUGCAGGGGUGACAUUUACCUGCUGAUUGUGGUCAAGUCCAUCAUCACGCAGCACGACCGGCGGGAGGCUAUCCGAAGGACCUGGGGCCAGGAGAAAGAGGUGGAUGGGAAAAAGAUCAAGACUCUCUUUCUGUUGGGCACAGCCUCCAAAGAAGAAGAGAGGGCCAACUACCAGAAGCUGCUGGAUUAUGAGAACCACAUCUAUGGGGAUAUCCUACAAUGGGAUUUCCUAGACAGUUUCUUCAACCUCACCCUCAAGGAGGUCCAUUUCCUAAAGUGGCUCAACAUCUACUGCGACAGCGUUCGCUUCAUCUUCAAGGGGGAUGACGACGUCUUCGUCAGCCCCAGCAACAUCCUGGAGUUCCUGGACAACAAGAUGGAAGAAGAUCUGUUUGUGGGGGACGUCCUGCACAAGGCCAGGCCGAUCCGGAAGAAAGAGAACAAGUACUACAUCCCUAGCGCCCUCUACAACAAGAACCACUACCCACCCUACGCGGGUGGUGGAGGGUUCCUCAUGGACGGGCCCCUGGCCAUAAAGCUCCACAAGGCCUCAGAGACCUUGGAGCUGUACCCCAUCGAUGACGUCUUCCUGGGGAUGUGCCUGGAAGUCCUCAAGGUGGCGCCAGUCAGACACGAGGGCUUCAAGACCUUCGGCAUUGUGAAGAACAAGAACAGCAAGAUGAACAAGGAGCCGUGUUUCUACCGGGGCAUGAUGGUGGUUCACAAACUGUUGCCUCUGGAGCUGCUCGAGAUGUGGAACCUGGUCCACAGUAACUUAACCUGCUCCAGAAAGCUCAACGUCCUUUAGCGUGUGGCUUCCCUGAGGAGCUGUGGCAGGAAGGGCUGGAGCAUCUAGAACCUUGUCCUGGGGGGCGAGGGGAAAGAACCUAGAACCAGAUGAAGGCAACAAACUAUUCUGGGACUACUCCAGAGCCUUCCCUUCCGGCGAUGAGAGGAGAGAGAUUGUUCGGGGGGAGGGAAGGUUUCUAAUUGUGUAUUUUUGUACUGUACUGUGUUUUUUUUAUCCCCAACUGGGUUGGGGGGUUGCUGAAAAAGGAGAAUGAGACAAACGAAAAAGAGAGGGAGAACAGGGAUCAUCUUGGGGUGCUACAUUUCAGGAAAGAUGUGGCCAAAUUGGGGAAAGUCCAGGGAAGAGCAAUAAAAAUGAUUAAUGGUCUAGAAAACAUGACCUAGGAGGGAAGAUUGAAAAAAUUGGGUUUG